AGUACUUCCCUUUGGGCUCCAGACGCACCUGAAAGCACAAGACGCUGGUGGCCAUCUUGCUGUGAAGGAGGAGGAGGGGGCGGGGCCAGGCUGCACACCUGACACUUGUCUCCCAGGAAGUACUGUCUCCCGGCGAACACCAUGUAGUCACUCUUCUGCAUCUCUAAGGACACACCUGGUCACAGCUGGCAGACGCGGGCGGAGUGACGGCGUUACCUUUGCAGGUGUCCUGCCACACGUCGAACUCCACGUUCCUGUACACCUCGCCGUCCAGGGACUUCAUCACCUUGUAAGGCAGUCUGCAGGGGGGCGGGGCUUCCAACUGAGCGGACAGGAAGUGAUCACUGUAUAAGCAGUCAAAGGCACGGGGUCCCGCCCACCUUGCCGUCGUCGGCCUGCUUCUCGUCCGUGGCGCCGGCUGACUCCGCCUCCUCCCUGCAGGAGCCGACACAGUGAGGGUGUGCCACAAGCGGGCGGGGGCGUGCAGGUGCGCACCUGUGUCCUCUCUCCUCGGGAACCUCGUCACUGCACACGCUGUUUCUAUAGCGACGACCUCCCACCCUGAACGCCUCCACGGCCUGACAGAGCUCCGCCUCCUCGCAGCCAAAGACUUUGGUGUAGAGCAGCUGGUACACCACACCUGCACGCACGCACGCUGUAGCGCCACACCUGUGACCUCUGACCUGUCAACUCACCCUGGCACAGGGCAGCAGAGGCAGGGUAGGUCCUGGGGUAGAUGAUGUCAUAGUGGCCGUUGAUGGAGCAGCACAGCGUCACCUAGGCGACAGCAGACUAGUGACAUCAUGUGGGCGGAGCCUAGCGCGGGCACUCACCUGGUCCACAAAGUGGUCCUCUGAGAUGAAGGUGGGCGGUUUCCCGGGGUAACGGUAGAUCAGGAAGCAGCGUCUGCAAAGAGAGGUGACUGAGCGCGCUCCCAGUGGUCACCUGACCUGGCUCACCUGUAGAGCUGAGAGAGCGCCUUGAUCUCCACCUGGCCCACCGUCUCCUGCCAACACACACCUGUUACACGGGGUCAAAGGUCAGCGGGGCACACCUGGCUCACCUUGGGGUCCUCCAGACGCUCCAGGUACUUCUCGAAGGAGCCUUCCACAAACUGCAAGCGGUCACAGUUCAAGCCGCUCCUGCUGGGCACGGUGGACCCCCGCAGCGACAUGGCGUCGUACCGGCGUGUGGUGAACAGUCAGAAGUGCGUGCGAGCAGGUGGCAAACACAACGACCUGGAGGACGUGGGCAAGGACGUGUACCACCACACCUUCUUUGAGAUGCUGGGCAACUGGUCCUUCGGAGACUACUUCAAGGAAGAGGCGUGUGCCAUGGCGUGGAGCCUCCUCACCCAGCACUACGGCAUACCUGCUGACAGACUCUACGUGUCCUACUUCGCCGGGGACCCCCGUUCGGGUCUGGCGGCUGACGAGGAGACUCGGCAGAUCUGGUUGGAACUGGGGGUCCCUGCGGCCCGCCUUCUUCCCUUCGGCCUGAAGGAGAACUUCUGGGAGAUGGGGGACACGGGCCCCUGUGGCCCCUGCACUGAGAUCCACUACGACCACGUGGGCGGGAGAGACGCCGCCCUGCUGGUCAACACACACUGUCCUGACCUGGUGGAGGUCUGGAACCUGGUCUUCAUGCAGUACAACAGGGAGGCGGAGCUCCAGUUGCGUGCCCUGCCCCAUCAGAGCGUGGACACGGGGAUGGGACUGGAGAGACUGGUCCGCAUCCUUCAAGGCAAAAAGUCCAACUAUGAGACGGACCUCUUCGUCCCGCUGUUGGACGCCAUCCAGCAGAGAAGUGGCGUGGAGGCGUACGGCGGCGGGACGCAGGUGGACGUGGCCUACAGGGUGGUGGCUGACCACGUGCGCACGCUGGCGGUCUGCAUUGCUGACGGGGUCCAUCCUGGCAUGUCGGGGGCGGAGUUGGUGCUGAGGAAGAUCCUCAGGCGAGCCGUCCGAUUUUGUGUGGAAGUCCUGCGGGCUCCUCCGGGGACUCUGGCCAGCCUGGUGCCCACCGUGGCACACACCCUGGGCCAGGUGUAUCCUGAGCUGCACCGUGAGGCCGACAGAGUGAUGGACGUCAUCAACCAGAACGAGGAUCACUUCCUGUCUUCUCUGCAGCAGGGCAGCAAUCUGAUUGGACGAACACUCCGCAUGAUGCAAGACACACACCAACUCUUUCCUGCGGCGGUGGCGUGGUCUCUGCACAGGGACCUGGGUUUUCCUCUGGAUCUGGUGGACUUGAUGCUGGAGGAGCGAGGAGUCUUGGUGGACCGUAAGCAGCUGGACCUGCUGAUGGCACAGAACCAAAAGGCGGCAGCGGAGCACGGCGACGCCCCCCCUCGCCUGGCGAUGGGCGUGGCCACCUUGGCGGAGCUGCAGCGCCUGGGAGUGGCUCACACGGACCAGCGCCUCAAGUACCAGUACAGACUGGAGCAGAAGCGCUACGUCUUCCCAGCAUGCCGAGCGUCGGUUGUGGCGCUGUAUGACGGCCAGCGGCUGGUGUCGCACGUGGAGGAGGGCCAGCUCUGCGGCGUCAUUCUGGAUCGGACCUCCUUCUACGCCGAGCAGGGGGGGCAGGCGGCCGACCGGGGCUACUUGGUGCGGGACGACCUGCAGGAAGUGCCGUUCUCGGUGGAGGCCGUGUUCCGGGCAGGGGGGUACGUGGUCCACCAGGUGACAGCCGCCCACACCCUCCAGACGGGAGACGGCGUGCACCUCCACCUGGACCAGGCCCACCGCUUGGCGUGCAUGGUCAACCACACGGCCACGCACCUGCUCAACCUGGCCCUCAGGAAGGUUCUGGGCCCCUCGGUCCAGCAGAGAGGCUCCCACCUGUCGGCGGACCGCCUCCGCCUGGACUUCAGCUUCAAGGGCUCACUGAGCAGGGGCCAGCUGCAGCAGGUGGAGGAUUGUGUCAACCAGGUGGUGCUGGCCAACCAGCCGGUCUACGUCCAGGAAGUAGCCCUGCAGAGCGCCAGGAGCAUCGCGGGUCUCAGGACGGUGGACGAGGUGUACCCUGACCCGGUUCGGGUGGUGUCGGUGUCUGUUCCGGUCUCUGAGCUGCUGGAAGAUCCCACGGACAGACGCACGUCGGUGGAACUCUGCUGUGGAACUCACCUGCUGCACACCGCCGCCAUCCAAGACCUCGUCAUUGUGUCCGAGAAACAGUUGGUCAGAGGAAUCAGUCGGGUUGUCGCGGUGACGGGACGUGACGCAACACAGGCUCGGGAGGCGGGGCAGUCGCUACUUCAGGAUGUGGAAUCGCUGUCAGCCAGAAUGACAAGCUCCGCCUCCUCUUGUCUGGACUCCGCCCAGAGUCUGGCCAAGGAAGUGGGCCUGCUCUCUGACGCAGUGGACAACACGCCCCUCCCCCACUGGCUGCGUGCUGAACUGCAGGCGCGCCUGAAGACUCUGCAGAGGAGCAGCAACACUGCAGUCAGGAAGAUCCAGACCAAAGAGGCAGCAGUGCAGGCUCAGAGUGUGCUGGACAAGAACGAGGACAAAGACCUUCUGGUGGAUUCUGUGGAGGCGGAGUCUCUUUCGGUGGUGAUGAAGACUGUCAAUCAGCUGAGCUGGGCCCGCCCUCAAAGUCACGUGAUGCUGCUGGCACACCAAAGGCAUUCUGGGAAAGUUUUGUGUGCUUGUCAGGUGCCAAAGGACUCGGCGGCGCUCUCGGCUUCGGCCUGGGCGGUGGCGGUGUGUCGUCAGCUGGGCGGCGAGGGCGGGGGCACCGCUGUGGUGGCUCGGGGGACAGGAAGUAGCGCCGACAUCACACAAGCUGUCAGGUGGGCGGAGCAGUUUGCCCGCAGGAUCCUUGAUGGCCGGCGGCCGCAGGGACAGGAAGUGACAUCAGGAUCCUUGAUGGCCGGCGGCCGCAGGGACAGGAAGUGACAUCAGGAUCCUUGAUGGCCGGCGUCCGCAGGGACAGGAAGUGACAUCUAAUUGGCGUCCAACUCAAUUAGACUUAAGCCCCGCCCACAUCUCAAUCCUAGUGGACAAUCUAUCAUGCAAAAGUCCUGAAUGUGAAAUAAAAUGUUUUUAACAUCAUCUUGCCUUUAUUCCUGCUUGAUGAUGCAUGUAUGUAGUGUGGAGAAUAACACUUUAUUCCUGCUUGAU